AAAAAUCGUCGCGAUGUUGAAGACAACAAUUGUGGAUACGCGUGUGCGUGUGCGCCCCUCCCAGAAUCUGCUAGAGUUGUUAGAUGAGCACAAGCAGCACUUUAAGCAAUUGCCGGCAAAUGUGGCCAAUAUACUGAAGGCAAAUGGCUUCAAGCUGAACGCAAAUGCUAAAGUCUUGAAGGAGAAUGAGCUAACUUUUAAGCGACCUAAAAUUAAUACAGAGCUUUUAGAGAAGCUUACCAAAGAUGUGCCUGAAUUGCAGUCAACCUCCACAACUGAAGCUGACGAGGACCAAGAAGAGCACGAUGAACCAGACCUUGCCAAAGGCAACUUUUUAUAUUUAAACGAUGUCCACUGGCUACAUAAUGUCUUAGUUGACUUGCGUCAAAAGAAUAUUGCUAAAGUAUAUUUGCAUGAAUUGCUUAACAGCUGUGAGCUCAUUUUGCCAGAGAAUGAAUUACAAGAACGCAAUCCAGAGCUGGAAGCACGUUGCCAACGUCUACGCGAGGAGCAACAAAAUCGUGAAUAUCAAAAGAUGACAAAAAAUGUGGACGCAGGACUAAAGCAUUACCCCGAAGAUACAGUGGCCUAUCAAAUCAAAAAUAUGAACAAACAAAUUAUUGCCGUUGCACAGUUUAUAUUCUCUGUAGCUGCAGGCUUUACGUUUGGUUUCUUUGGCGUUAAUCUUAUGGUUGGACCACUGCCCUUUGGAUUUAGAAUUCUACUGGGCGUCAUUGUAGCUCUAAUUAUAGCUCUGGCUGAAAUGUACUUUCUGGCCAAGAAGCUACAUGAGUAUGAUGAAGUAUUGGAUGCACCCAAGCGCAAGAAGACCGACAUGCCCAAGACAAGUGGCGUGCAGCAAGUUAAGCCGCAUGUGGAUUAAAAAUUCCUUUUUUAAAAUUAGUAUUUGUGUUAAUAUAUCUUUUUUGCAAAUGUUAAGUUACAUAAAUAUCU